AUGGCCAAGUGUAUGAUGAAAUGUAUAUUGAAGAGUUGUUUCCUUUCCAAACAUGACAUUUCUAGCUGCAACGCACUGAAAGGUCACACUAAAAGGAGGCAAGUUAACACACUGCUUAGUGUGCAAAAUCCAUGUUCUCUCUCUCCCCCCCUCCCUCUUUCUACCCUCUACCCCCACCUUUCCCUCAGGUAUAGUGCUGGUGCACUGUGCGGUGGGGGUGAGCCAUUCAGCCACCCUGAUUCUGGCCUACCUGAUGCUGAAACAGAACCUGACCCGGUGGAUGCCAUCUGUGCCGUGAAGGACACCCAUGGUGUGAUCCCCAACAGAGGCUUCCUCAGACAGCUCAUCAACUUGGACACCAAACUUUAUGGCUGCCUCCGCAAAACCUCCUACACCUAG